AUGGCUAUGGCUUCACCCGAACAACAGCUGGGCCAGAUCCUGGCGCUGCUCAGUGAGAAUUCGAAAGGCAUCAACGAAUUGAAGACCUCCAUGUCGGAGAUGCAUACACUGCAUAUGGAGAUCCACACCUGGAAGCCCGAUGUCGACAACCGUGUCCAUGAGCUAGAACACGCGGUGCUGGACCUCGGCGAGUGCGUCAAGAAGGCGUUGGGAAAUCUUCCACAAGCUCAACUCGUAGAAGCCUCCACCGACGAUCAGCAAGACGCUCAGCCCUCCCUCACCGAUGUGCUUCGCGAGGAUCACUUCACCCCGCAGGGCAUCAAGGUGCUGAGCUCCGCCCAUCUAGAGCUUCACCCACUAGGGGCGGCAUCUGGGUCGUUAGACCACGGCAAGGGAACUACUCACCGGGGCACUGCUUUCGGGGCGGUGUACACCAUCGCCUCGGAACUGGCCCCGAGCUCCACAGUUUCUGAAUAUGUUGAACAAUUCAGAGAUUUAGUCCACCAAAUCCUUGUCCACGACCCAUCAUUCCCAUCUUCUAUCAUUGUUAACCAUUUUGUCGAUGGUCUUAAGAAAGAAAUUUGUUCUGUUGUUAUGAUGCAUCGUCCCCAGGACCUCGAUACUGCUAGUGCAUUGGCAUUUUUGCAGGAACACACCACUGAAGACCAACCUUCAAGACGGUUGGAUACUGGCCAAUAUUAUGCAAAGAAGAAUUCAUCUAAUUCUGUCAAACACUCAUUUUCUUUUACUACCAACAAUGCAAAAGCUAGUGAAGACAAGAAACCUCCUGAUCCUCCAAGAGUCAAACCUGAUGAUAAGCUUGCAGCUCUGAAGAAAUACAGGUUAAGGAGACACUUGAAUGGCAAAGAGGUGUCCAUGCUCAUUGAUUCUGGUAGUUCUCAUAGUUUUGUGGAUGAUCAGAUAGCUGCUCAUAUCAAACCUUGGCAAGCUUUGCCACAGUCAGUGAGGGUAACAGUUGCUAAUGGAGGUGUUAUCAGUUGCACUCAUGAGUUGUCUAAUCAACUUUGGGCAGUGCAGGGUCAUUCUUUCAGUACCACAUUAAAAAUCAUUCCAUUGAGUGGCUAUGAUGUUAUAUUAGGCAUGGAUUGGCUAGAAUCUAAUAGCCCUAUGGAGAUCACUGGGUUGAAAGGUGGUUGCAGUUCCACUAUCAAGGACAAGUGA